GUUUGUAUUCGAUUCCUCUCUCCACAAUAAUAAGAAAUAUCCAGUUCUAAAUCGUUCGUUUCUUCGAAGUAACGGAAUCGUUAUUUCCUCUCGCAUCGUCGAGUCGAAGAAUUUUUCACGAAAAAGUAAAUGAUUCAGGUUUAAUCCGGUUUUGUCACAAUUUCUCUCAAUUACUGUAUUAUUGUAUUACUAAUAGUAUUUGUAUAACAAUAUAUCUUCUGAAUCACAAUCGGUGACUUGGCCAACGACUUGCAAAACGAAUUAUUCCGGGUGUUAAUAAUCAUGGAAAAGGAAACAAAUUUUACCAUUGUUCCAUUUUACUUUGUACUUAACCAGUCGUAAAAUUUUUCUGUGAAAGGUUGAUAAGAAAUCUUAAGAAUGGUUAGGUCAGUUGGAAAAGCUCGUAAAGCUAUUCAACCCCCAGGUAACGAAUACCGAAAUCAAAAAGGAUUUUUACGGUAUUUCGAAAGCGUGUUGAUUGGACGUUUUAGGAAAACUAAUCGGUUUGUACACUUUUCGAAGGUGUCAGUUUCUCUUGGUCGUUCGAGGAAGACGGGUCGUUCGAGCAAGACGAGUCGUUUGAAUUAUUCGCUAAUUCGUUUUUUCUAUCUUCAUUCGUACGAUUCCUUGCGAAAAGUGGAAUUAUACUCAGGUAAUUUUUUAAAUUCAAAAUAAAAAUUCGUGUUUUGUGCAACAGGAUGGUCUUUAAUACAGUUUCGAUCGCAAAAGUGGUGCAAAUUUAUGGCGGAUUUUCCAAGAAAAGUGAGAAAAGAUUUUCCACGUAUUUCUUUCUGCGUGUGUUUCUGUCGGUGCAAGUGUAAUCGAAUAUUUUAAUAAACAGUCGUAGUACGAAUGUUUUCAUUGCAUUGUUUUGCAUUGUUAUCGCAUCGUCGACAUUCCUCGGAUUUCUAUUAGUUUUGUAUUGGUCUCGAUUUCGAUACAAAGGGGAACGAAUGAAUCGCGUUGUAAAAGGAUCGAAUAAUCAAGUUACUUAAAUAUUCAGAUUUUUUUUAAGUUAAUAAUAAGCGAUCUCUGAGAAUGACUCAACCGGAAAGAUUGAUUUGGCGAGCGAUAGAUCACAAAAGAUCUCUUUAAAAAAUGAUCUUAAUAAUUCUUUCUAAAAGAUAAUUGUGUGUGUCACGUUGUAGAAUUGUCAAAUUUAUCAAUAAGAGAGAAUUAUAUUAUGUGAUAAAUUUGGCGAAACGAUACUUAAACUAAUUUCUACCACGAAUUUCACGGUCGAUAAAAGGAUAUUAAAUUCUUACCAUGUUAGUUAGCUGUAUGCUAAACCGCAAAGUCCAUAACCGUUUGUAUUCAAUCAGUCACGACCCACUCGAAUUCAUAAACCAAUCUAUAAAUAAAAUCGAACUGAAUUAAACGUUCGUACUCGAUCCAUUUCCAGUUUCGAUAUAUAUAUAUAUAUAUAAAUAAAUAGACGAGUAUGUAUUAUUUUAAAUAUUUUAUUACAACCCUUUCGCCUAAUUAAGCAGAACAUUAAUACAUAGAGUGUUAGAAAGAGAGAUUUUAAACGCGAGGAAGGAAGAAAGUAAUAAAUUGUUUGAUAUAAAAUCACGAAUGAGUUUGCUCGCGACACAUUUUAUGUCGUAUAAAUACACGAUACUUUAAAAGUGAUACGAGAUUGUUAAAACAAGAUAAUCUAUAACGAUCGAUAAAAAUUAUUCCAUGAAUUGUAACGAUAAAUUUCCCUUUUUUUCUCUACGACAAACACUCGAUAUAUUUUCCAUUCGUUGCACAAUUCACAUCGAUCGGAUAAUCAUAGGAUCGUCGUACAUCUAAAUAUUCUUUUCGAACCUCGCCACGUCGUAAGAAUAAACACCGCUAAAUGGAUACAGUAAAUUUGUAUUACAUUCGUGUCUAUGAAGCAAUAUCUUUGUUGACGUUAGUGUCCAAUAAUAUGUUGGCGAACUCGAACGUAUUUCUAAAUCAAUUCCUCUCUUUUCGAACGAUUGUCGCGAAUAAGAAGGGAAUGAUUUGCAAAUAAUCGGUGAAUAACUUUAAAUCCUCUUUCAAACGCGCGUUUGUAAAUAAAUUUCGCAGAAUAAGUCGCGAAACGAACUUUAUCCCGCUUCGAAGGAGAUAAAUGAAGUAUCGCGGAGGCAAUAUGUCGGUGCUUCUGGAAGCGAGGUCUUACAGGCCUUUCAAGUCCUCGGAGGAGUAUCUGAUCGCGAUGAAAGAGGAUCUGGCCGAGUGGUUGAACGCGCUGUAUCCGGAGUUGAGAAUCAACGUUGACAAUUUUAUGGACAGGCUGGACACCGGCGUCGCCCUCUGCAAACACGCGAACAACGUACGCAAGUCGGCGGCGGAAUACGUGGCGCGGCGUCAGGCGCGCAAGAUCUCGAUGACACGAUCGAUGACCUCGUCUCUGGCUGUGCCGAUGAGCCAGCUGAGCGACGUGGCCUUCUUGCCGAACGCGAAGGCCGGCACCUUCUUCGCCCGUGACAACGUGUCCAACUUCAUCGGUUGGUGCCGCAACAGCUUGGGUAUCAUCGAGUGCCUGUUAUUCGAGACCGACGACCUGAUUAUGCGCAAGAACGAGCGACACGUGAUCCUCUGUUUGCUGGAGGUGGCGAGGCGGGGCGCGAAAUUCGGUAUGCUGGCGCCGAUGCUGGUCCAGAUGGAGAGGCAGAUAGAUAGGGAGAUAGCGGCGGAGAAUAAGGCGGCGAACGGGGCCCAUGGAAAUUCCGGGAACGAGGAGAGCGACGACGAGUACGCCGAUAUGCAGCAGGAGGAGCCGUGCCUCAUAUACGGACCCCAGCCACAGAUCGUCACCAACGAUCUGAAGAGCUUGGACGAGAUGGUUCGUGAUUUGGUAGAAAGGUGCACAUGCCCCACUCAAUUCCCUAUGAUUCGCGUUUCCGAAGGGAAAUAUCGAAUCGGAGACACGAAAGUGUUGAUAUUCGUGCGAAUCCUUCGAAGCCACGUUAUGGUUCGAGUAGGUGGAGGUUGGGACACCCUUAGCCAUUAUUUGGAUAAACACGAUCCAUGUCGAUGCAGAACUUCACAUCGCUCGAUGAUCUCAGCAAAAUUGAUUCAAAAGGCUGGAGGGUCGUUCGACCUUGGCAGCGCGCAGGUACAUUACGAAAGAUCACCCCCUAGAACUCGACGGAGUUCGGCGUCGAGCGUCGGCUCGUGCGCGGGCACGAUGCAGAAUCAGCAAUCGGCGCACGCUGCCAAGGGCGUUUCCAGCAACCGCUCCCGAUCGCCCACGCCCCACCAGCUCGGUGGCAAUAAGCAACAACAGCAACAAACGACGACGGGCGGCGACGAGCAACGAAAGAUCAAUCGAUCGAGAAGCCCAACGCCACAGAGGAAGUUCUUGGGCAGCCCUGUUCAUCAGUCAGAUUUUGGCAAGCAACGCUCGAGAUCCCCAACACCGAAGGCUCAACUGAGGUCCAACAGCCCGACGACGAAAGUGGACAGCGCGAAGGGUGGAUCUGCGGUGGAUUCGGCUGGCAGAGGCCUCUACGAAGAGGCUCGUUCACCGACCCAUCAUGGAAGGCAGCAUCAGGAAGCAAAGGAUGCGAAGAAGGAUCUCCAUCAAGAAAUCCGCACGAAAGUCCCCCUAACAGAGGAAUUCACGAGACGAUACGUUGUCGACGGUGGCGUGGCACGCAGGGCAGUGGAGAAAGACGACACGCCGAAAUACGAGCCGACGAUUUACAACUACAAGUGUCGCGAGGACUCGAGUAGUCGCAGCCCGACCCCUAGUCCACCGGCAAUCAAGGAGGAGCCCGUGUUGGAGAAUUUCAGCAAAGACGUAACGGGGAACGUACAUUACACCAAGUCGCCGCACGACGGAGAGCACUCUGACAAUUGCAGCGAAGUGUCCGACGAAGGUUACAGAAGCUUAGGAGCAGUCCAGCCAACUGGUGGAAACGGAAAUUCCGGGACUUGCACGCAAGGGUCGCCCACGGUUGCCGAUUGUCAAAAGCAACCCUCGAAGCCAGAGCCAGAGGAGAGGUCGUGCGUGGAAACGGAGAGCAUCGAAACGGGUCUGCGCAAGAUCCGUAUCGGCCCACCCAGUCCUCUUCGAGCCUCCCCCUCGAGAAGCGUGGCCUCCUCCUCCGGGGACCGUACCCCUCGCGCCAACUCGAUCGUGCGUGAGAACAGCAACGUUUCCAGAGCCUCGUCCGGAAGCAGAACGCCCAGGGACAGCAACUCGAGCCCAGAAGGAAGUCCCUUGAAACGCGGCACUAUAAGGAACAGCUUACGCAAGCCGCCAACGGGAAGUCUGAGCAAGGCGUCGGCGGUGAUCGCCGGCGGUAAAAGCUGUCAGAGUCCAGUGAGCGGUAGCAACACGUGGAACGGUAGGCAGGCGAGGCAGAGGCCCAGCAUUCAAUCCGACACUUUCCUGAACCCCCAAGGCUCGUCGGCCAACAAUUGUGCAACGACGGCGGCGACGACGACGACGACAGCCCCCAACUUCAGCAGGAAGAGUCCAGCCAGGCAGAGCCUGCCCAGGCAAAGUUCGAACGGCGGUGGUAUGCAGUACGAUAGGAACGGGAGGAGGAUGAAGACAGCUACUGGAUCGCUUCAAUCCUCGCCGACCAAGGUGGCCAAUCCCCUCCUCGAGCAGAUCCUUCAGAAAGUGGGCCAUUUGCAGGACGAGCGCGAGGUGGUGCAGAAGCUCCAGGACCUGUUGAGGGAUUACCAGGCCCACGGUUCCGGGGAGGGAGUGCCGAACAUGGAGUUCACCAGGGCGUGGAUCGACGGUAACGGGACCGUGGCGUUGCCCCAGGACAAUCAGAUGACGGCCAGUCCCAGGAAGGAUCCCAAGUCGGUGUCGGAGAGGGGAGGUUUCUCCAGGAUACCGGCCCCCGUUUACAAGAGGCCGAUGUCCGUCGCGUCCGACAGCGUGUGAAGUCUCUCUCGCGGCUGUCGAACAACGUCUAGGGGACGGUGUAGAUGAUGACGAUGAAGAGGAUGAGGAUGGUGACGACGAUGAUGAAGCUGGUUCGAAGCGUGUCCUCGAGGUCAUCGGGCUCCUCGAUCGCAGGCCAAGAGGACCGUGUCGGAGCUUCGCGAGAGCUCGUGACGCCCUCGAUUUCAGAGAUAUUUGUGCCGAUUACGACGCGAUCACCACGUGGAUACGUGCAACUACGCGCGAGUAGAGAUAGAAGAGAGCGAUUGGCGUCCAGGAGAGGGUGUUUAAAUUGGAGCGUGGGGAUAAGAUCGUUUCAUUUUUUUUUUUUAAGGUUAUUUUCCUGGGUAAUGCUCCGCUUGGAAAACCUCUCUUUAUCCACGGACGGACAGUCUCUCUUGACGGAAAAUUUAAUCUUAUUUUAAGAUGCUAAGUCGACGAUUAUUAUAUUUUUCUAUCGAACAUGGAUACUUGGCUCUCGAAGCGACAUCACCGUAUGAGAUAACCCGAUAAUUUUGGAAAAAAUGUUUUGACGGUGCUUGAAGGAUUUCUUUUUUCUUAAAACUAUCUCUGAUGUGUACAACGACACUGUGAUUGAAAAUUUUAUCUCAUCUCAAGGAGGAAUAGAAAUCAUCUUACUCUUUUUUCUUUCUUUCGCGAGUUCUUUAGUCGCGCGCGAAAAAUUCUCCGAUAUUUUUUUCUCGAAAGGGAAGAAAAAAGAAAGGUUCCACAUUUCCGCGAUGGCAGAUCGAAGGCGUCCGAUUAGAGGCGAAGCUUAACGGGCCUUAACGGUACGAGGUCGAUCGGUUAGCUCGUAGGAGUCGCGUGUGUAUCGGGGUGGUGCUCGGAUGGUGCUGAACGUGAGAUGACGUUCGUGAUGCAAAUAAGAUUAUAAGACGACCAAAAAAAAAAUAAAAAAGGAAAAAAAAAAGAAAAAAGAAAAAAAGAAAAAAAUUAACAAAAGGAAAGAGAGGGAAAAAGGAAAGACAUGAAAAGAGGAUGGACAGAGGAGGCGAGGAGGAAGGAGAUAGGUAGGUAUAGGAGUAGGUAGGUAGGUGGACGAGAGAGAAAAUUCGUCUCGUCGACGAUUAACAAUAAUUUCGAUUGAUGAACAGAGCGAGUAUUCGAGCGAGCAAUUAGCCUGGUGUGCGUUAAUAGCUUCCCGAUCGAUUUGCUUCCAGUCAAUUGCAUCCCCGGCUGACGGCUCGUCGAUUGAUCCAAGACGAGAGAUUACACCUUGCACGUUGGUCACGAACGACGAGCGAUCUCUCUUCUUUGUCGUGAUAUUUUUCUUUCUCUCUCUCUCUCUCUUUUUCUCGUAUAUCGUAAUCGAUAAGUCGAUUUUUCUUUUUUUUUUUUUUUUAUUAGAUUCUUUUAUCACGAAACGAAAUACAAUAGUUAGGAUUCUGUGACUCGAGAAAUAUCGGAAAACGGAUAAAUUGGAAAAGGUUCGAAGAAGAUUAGGAGAGAAGAGGAGAACGAAUCGUUGGAAAUGUGAGUUGAAAAAUAAGAAAAAAGAAAAAGCUAAUGAGUUAUCACGACAAAAUGGAACAAUCGCGACAUCUUGUGAUCAGUUUUCUUAGCUUAACGCAUAUCGACGAGUGUAAAUCUCGAUUUCUUGAGACGAUUCAUCGAGAGAUUCGUUGAAAAAGAGGUCUCGGAAUUUCUACGUUCAAUCGUUCGCCACGGGUGCUAGGCCGUGCGAAAAAUUAUUUAUUUAUAUAGUCUAUCGGUUGUAUUUAUUGAAGACGAUUUAUUUGCGCGUUGCAAGUUCGCUUGAGGGAGGAUACAGGAUAACGCAAGAAACGAUAACGAUAAGGAUAGAAAAAAAGAGGCGGUGCUUAAGAAGAAGGGAGAUUCGACAGGAAAAAUUAACCCCCCCCCCCCAAAAAAAAAAAAAAAAAAGAAAGAACAGACUGCAUUAAUGUAGAUAGCGACGAUAUAGUUGAACGAAACUCCAUUCCAAUGUUUCACUAUGUUUUUUAUACCAUAAACGCGAGCGUAGCGGCAUUUUGUAUCAAGUGUCUUGAGGGGAAGAUGGAAUUCGUGCGGGACGUGUUCUCGCGUUUCGUUAGAAGAUAGAAAGAUGAAAAUUUAGAGGGGGUAGGGGAAUAUUUUGCAUAGAAAUUGUAGAUAGUAGAUAAGGUGCAAAAUUAAAGAUCUGUAACUAAGUUUAUUAUUGCUCAAUAAAGUAGUGAGUGAAUAUCGGAGCGAAGAGGAAUAUUUGACGCGAUUCGAAUGGAAGAGUUCAAGUAAUUCGGAUUACGUUCAAUUUUUCAAUAUGAAAAGACUCAUUUGCGCGGAGAGAAUGAACGUAGAAUUGAUGGAAGAAUUUUUUGUGUGGAAUCUUUUUUAAAUCGCUGCGAAAUCUCAAAAAAAUUUGUAAGGCUUUUAAAUUUUCAAUUUUGUAAUAUAGAAUACAAAAAGAAUGUACAGAUGAAAAUGAAUAUAUAACGAAAAA